CCUAUAUCUUAAAGCCGGUGCGGAAGUAACAACGGAGUCAGCAUAGUGCUCACCGGAAGGUCAGGUUUUACGCAAUUAUUAUUUUAUACAGUUAAGUACUCUGUUUAUUACAGUAAGUCUGUAUUACGGGCAUGUUUGAACUUGCAUUUGAGUUGUAACCUUGGGUGUGUUGCGCGCUUGAGAAUUUCCUGGUGUAAAAAGGGAACCACUUGCGCAACUCCAAAUAGCUUGUUUAUUUUUAACACUUGGCGAGUUCAGCUUGUUCCAUCAUGGCCGGGUCUAAAUGCGUUCGACUCAAUGUCGAGCUGGCGAACAAACUGCUGGAAUCCGUGGACAGCAUCUUGUUUGAUUGCGACGGGGUCAUCUGGAGGGGGGACCAGGCGAUCCCCGGUGCGCCUCAAGUUAUCAACCUGCUCAAGGAACACGGGAAGAAAGUCUUCUUCGUGACUAACAACAGCACCAAGACGAGGAAGUUGUACGUAGAUAAAAUGUCCACGCUGGGCUUCAACGCAAAUGAGGAAGAGGUGUUUGGAACCGCUUACUGUUCCGCCAUGUACCUGAAGACUGUGUGCAAGCUGCAGGGCAAAGUGUACCUGAUCGGCAGCAACGCCAUGAAGCAGGAGCUGGAGGCUGUCGGCAUCCAGCAGACCGGACUGGGACCGGACCACAUCUUUGGCAAGCAGACCGACUGGGCCAAUGUGCCUCUGGAGCCUGACGUCAAGGCAGUGCUGGUUGGGUUUGAUGAGGAUUUCAGCUACAUGAAGGUGAACAGAGCCAUGCAGUACCUCACCCGGACGGACUGUUUGUUUGUGGGGACCAACAGAGACACCAGGCUGCCUCUGGAGGGGGGCACGGCUGUCCCAGGUACGGGCUGCCUACUGCAGGCGGUGGAGUUGGCAGCCCAGCGCCAGGCCGCAACGGUGGGCAAACCCAGCCACUUCAUGUUCGAUUGCGUGGCCUCCAAGUUCGGCUUGGACCCCGGCCGUUGCCUGAUGGUGGGCGACCGCCUCGACACAGACAUCAUGCUGGGUUCCAACUGCGGCCUCAAGACGCUCCUCACCCUCACCGGGGUCAGCACGGUGGCCGAAGCCGAGGCCAACCAGAAGAGCGGCUGCUCGGAGAAGCAUAAGAUGGUGCCGGAUUAUUACGUGGAGAGCAUUGCCGACCUGCUCCCCGCCCUGCAGGGCUGAGACUCUAAAGACUUUUGCGGUCACCAUCGUCUUCCACUUGUCUAGCUUAUAUUAAUAAUUUAUCAUCUUUAUGAUAAGGUAACAACUAAGCAGUAUCUGCUGUGGUCUAACAAAAGACACAACUACUCUAGACUAUAUAGCUAUAGCUAUAGUGUCCAUUUAAAGGUGCUAUUUGAACCAUUGAAAAGCAAGCAAAACAAUCAGAUGCUAAUGCUAACUUUUAAAAGAUAUUAAAAUGUGUUCUCUCAUGUAUAUCAAAUAUGUUCUCUUACAUAAUUACAAUAAUUUUUCUUAACAUUCUUUUACCCAAAUGUAUAUCCAGAAUAUUGUACUUUUAAAAUGUUUAAAUAUUUGAAGGAGUAUUGUUGAAAGUUGAACAAAAAAAAACUACGCGAUGCCAAACCCGACCUAGCUUGUUUUCGAAAGUUACAAAUUCUAUUUCAUAUAUAUUCUCAGUGUAACAAUGUCAAGAAUACUAUCAGGAACCACACAGUAUAUUCAUCAAAGAUAAAUAUAUAUAAUUUUGUUGCAUCUUGAUGAAAUCUAUGAUGAAAUAUUUUUGCUUUAGCACCUAACAUGCACUGCUGAUAAUGAUUAAAUAUCAACUUCCAUCAUA